AUGGCCCCUAUACCUGGCUUUACAGCAGAGCAAACAGCCUCCCUACAAGCCAUGAUCGAUGACGCAAUCAGUCAGGCUAUGACAGCCUUCGAGACCAGAAUAAUAGCCUUCGAGACCAGACUGACAGCCAUUGAAGCCAAACUCCGCCCUGCUGAGUAUCAAGUUAUCCCUCAGCAACAGUCAAUUGUGGAGAAAACUGCGGAGAAAUCUACGGAGAAAACUGCGGAGAAGCAGAGCAUCGCCAGUAGCAGCGACAAUGACAAUACGGGCACGCUCUCCACUAUUCCACACCAUGCUACUAUGCACUAUUGCGGAGAGUCUGCCAUUCGCCUCAGUAACGCUCCACUUCUCGCCUCCCAUCUCGCCUCUCUUCUCGCCUCUCUUCUCGCCUCUUUUCUCACCUCUCAACUCGCCUCCCCGCUCGGCUAUAUUCGAUAUGCGAAGGAUAUAGAGGCUACAGGCCAAGGAUAG